AUGGCAGAAGAAAAUCAGACUUUGGUGACUGAGUUUGUCCUCACAGGACUUACAGAUCAUCCCAAGCUGCAGGUGCCCCUGUUCCUGGUGUUCCUGGUCAUCUACCUCAUCACCAUGGUGGGCAACCUUGGGCUGAUUGCACUCAUCUGGAAGGAUUCCCACCUUCACACACCCAUGUACUUAUUCCUCAGUAGUUUAGCCUUUUCAGAUGUAUGCACGUCAUCCUCUGUGACUCCCAGGAUGUUGAUUAAUUUUUUAACUAAGGAUCAUAGGAUAUCUCUUGCUGAGUGCUUUACCCAAUUUUAUUUUUUUUGUUUCAGUGCAACAGCAGAAUGUUUCCUCCUGGUAGUGAUGGCCUAUGACCGCUAUGUAGCCAUAUGUAAUCCCUUGCUUUAUCCAGUGGUGAUGUCCAACAAACUCUGCACUUGGUUGAUAAGUAUUCCAUAUGUAAUUGGAAUUCUUCAUUCAACAAUUCAUGUAGGAUUACUAUUUAGAUUAACUUUCUGCAGAUAUUCUAUAAUAAAUUAUUUCUACUGUGAAAUCACACCACUGUAUGCCAUUUCUUGCAAUGACUCAUCAGUUAAUAAAUUAGUGCUUUUUAUUUUUGCCAUUUUUAUACAAGAAUUUACUUUUAUGAGUAUCAUUGUUUCUUAUGCCCGUGUCCUCUUUGCCAUCUUGAAAAAGAAGUCUGAGAAGGGCAGAAGCAAAGCCUUCUCCACCUGCAGUGCCCAUCUGCUUUCUGUCUCUUUGUUCUAUGGCACUCUCUUCCUCAUGUAUGUGCUCCCUGGAUCUGGCCCAGAUAAAUAUCGUGAUAAGGUGUACUCACUGUUCUACACCAUUAUAAUUCCUCUGCUAAACCCCUUUAUUUACAGCCUAAGAAACAAGGAAGUUUUAGAUUCACUGAGAAAAGUGGUCAAGAAAUAA